AUGCCCAAGAGGAAGAUUAGCACAGAUGGAGCGGUGAAGGCAGAGCCUACGAGCCUCUCCACGAGGCUGUCGGCCAAGCCCGCCCCUGCCAAGGUGGACGGGAAACCGAAAAAGGCUAUGGGAAAGGAUAAUGCAUCAGACAAAAAAGCACAGAUUAAAGGGAAGAGUGGAGCGAAGGGCAAACAGGCUGAAGUGGCUGACCAGCAAACUACAGAUCUGCCUGCAGAAAAUGGAGAGACGGAAAACCAGAGUCCAGCCUCUGGGGAAGAGAAAGAAGCGAAGUCCGAUUAAGCAUCCAUCACGUCUGUCAGUGGUCCCUGCCUCCCUUCUUGUAAAAUCCAGAGGAAUAUUUUUAUCAA